AUGAGUGUGACUUUAGGGUCGAUUCUGUUCCCUGAACGUCGAUUGGCAGCACCUGAUAAUCGUAGGGGAAUCCAUAGUAAAAGGAAGAAACCUAUAAAUUUUAUUAAGAAUCAGGAACAAACACCAAAACAGCUUACAACGCGCCUCCUAUUGGAUGAUGAAACUAUUGGUCCUCAAGAUUUUCUUACACUAUUCUCUAAUGAUGACAUACGUAACACUGAACAGUUUUGGGAAGCAAUGGAACGUGUGUUCUAUCCCAUAGAUGAAAGGUGGCUUAAAGUUCUAGAAUUUACGGGGCGUCCAGAUGCAAAACCUCCAUGUGAAAAGACUUCUAUAGGUAUUCAUUUUGCAUAUAGAUGGGCAUUACAAGACUUAUUUGAUAUUGAAGAGCUUUUUAUUUUACUUGGUAUUAAUAAUAGAAAUAACGAAGAUCAUAGUAUUAGUGAAGAUAAUACCAACAAUAAAGAUGAGGUUAAUAUAAUAACUGAAUCAACAAUGACAGAAUUUUUAUUUAGAUUAAAUUUACCGACACUUGAAAUCCCAGGAAUGGAUCCUAGAAGUAUUAAUAAGUUAGAACUACAUUCUAAUUUAAUGAAUGUAGAUAAAUCUACAAACGAAACUAAUAAAUUAUCAAUACCUACUUCUGAAGUAGAUAAUCAUGAUAUUUUGCGUCAGGAAAUAUAUAAUACCUCAAAAUUCAAUGUAUUAUUUGAAGAAUGGAAAGUUACAUACAAUAGAGCUGUAUAUAUUGAACAUGAAUUAGAUAAAAUAAUUAUAGAUUUAAAAGCAUCUAUUAACAAGGGACUUAGUUUGGAUUUUUCUAGAAGAUCACUAUCUAGAUAUCAUAGGAAGGUUUGCAGAGAGUAUGUGAUAAGAGCUUUACAUUAUCAUAGUAUAAAACAGUUUAUUGACUCACUAGAGGAAAUUUUAUAUUAUGACGCUAAUAAUAAUGAAUAUUUAACUACAUGGGAUGAUGGUGAAUCAGUUAGAGUUUCUUGGAUUAAACAAGAUCAACUUUUACAAUUACUUUUAUUUAGGAAAAAUACUUUGGAAAGUAAAUAUUUCGUAAGUCUUCCAAAGGAUCAGGUUGCAUAUGCAAGUUAUAAAUGUGAUAAUAAGAUCUUUGAAUAUCUAUACAAUUCAGGUUUAACUCCUAUAAAUAUUGAGAACAGUAAGAUUUCAUCUGAAGAAUAUAAUUCGUCACAAAAAGUAACUGAAGACAAAUAUUUAAGUAAUGAUAAUAUACCUAAUAGUUCAGCUAAUAUUGAUACUUGUGAAUAUUCAACAUCUGAUAACUCCACUCAAUAUUCUAAUAUAAGAAGUUCUACAAAUAUAUCUAAUCAAGAAAAUAUUAUUAGAUCUCCUCCUUUAGGAUGUAUCUCUUUAACAAGGGUACCACUUUGUCACUAUUGCAGACGUGGAAGUACAAAAUUGAAAUUUUCUAGAUGUCCAUCAAAAAUAAAAUAUUCAGGUUCUCUUUCUUCUAAUACUAUAAGCUCUCUAGAUAUUUCAGCUAAUUCGAGUAAUUCUUUAGCUAUUUCAUACUCAUCUCGUUCAUUAAUUCCUUGGGCAACAUCUAGUGAAAUACAAGAUAAAGAGGAGUUAGUAUUUCCAUUGAAAACACAUAAGUCGAAAACGGGUUAUAACACAUUUGGAUCUUUGUCACCUCAGAAAAAUUGCAACAAUAAUACUCAUAUAUGUAGAGUUCCAUCUAAUCAAAUUUGCAAUAUUUGUCAAAGUUUUGGGACUUCUAAAGAUCAGCUAAAUGAAUCAAAUGAUGUAUUUAUUACUCGUGGUAUUACUUUGAAUAAUUGUUGGCGUAUGUAUUGUUCUGAUUGCAUACUGCAUAAUUUUUCCUCUAUAAUUAAACAAAAGUAUUCCAAUGGAGUGUUACUUAGGUAUUAUUGCCCCUUUUGCAAUGGGACUUGUAAUUGUGAAAGAUGCUUAAGAAAUCAACAACUCAGAAAGCUCAAAAAUUACCUGAAAACACACUUUUGUGGUCAUUUUGUUCAAUGUUCUAUUCCAAAUAAAUUAUUUGGUAGGGAAAUUACUUGGUAUGAAUUUAUGAAGCAGUUUGGAGGUUCUAAGUAUAUCAUUGAGGAGGAUUCACAAAAUAUCAUUUCAGAUACAUCCAAUAUACCCUGUAAUAAUUUAGAUUAUGCAUGUUAUUCUUAUAUCAGUAAUUUAUAUUUAAGGCUUUCAAUAACUGAAGAUACACACUUAGGCUCUUUAUGGCUACAAGCCAAUAAUAUUUCUGUUCAAACCUCUCAAUCAAGUGAUAAUAAAGAUUCUUCCAAUACAAAUACGAAAAUUAAACCUUGUUCUUCAAACAAGCAGACAAACUCCUCGAUUUCAAGAAGUAAAUCUAGACAACGUAGUUCUUUGAAUAGUUCCAAUAGAUAUAGACGUUCUACAACUGGGAAUAGCUCAACUUCAGAUAUAUCUCAGGUAAAUUCAAUUGGAAGACAGACAUCAUGUAUACCUUCUCAACAAACAACAGCUCCAUCUAUAUAUAUACCUAAAGAAGUUAUGAAAGAACCUACUGGAGCAAGCGGAAUGUCAGUAUUGUGGAGUUUACGUUCUGUUUUAUGUCAUAAUAUUAGUAAAUGCUACAAAGAUUGUGCAAGAAAUGUGGAAGCCUGGGAGGAGAUUAUCCAAACUUAUAGACAUAAAAAGCAUGAAAUAGAGAAUUAUUGCCAAGAAAUAAUGAGUCAAUUGCAAAUCAUGGAUAGAUGGAUUAAAUCCAUCACAUUUACAGAAACAAAUAAGAGAUUUAUUAUGCGUAAAAUGCCAUUAUUAUGUUGGGCAACAAAUAUGCAAUCGGCAAAACCUUUUAACUUUGAUGAAUUUCCCCAAAUAUUACCAGAAAAUAAUGCUCUUGAUUUACUUAGACAUAUGAAACAUUUUAUACUUAGUGGUUAUGUACCUGAUAGUCUACCUAAUUAUAGAAAAGAUUCAGAUUCCACUGGAAAUGAUCACUGUGCACUAAAUGACUUUUCUGAAAAGAAACUUACUUGUGAAAAUGAAUCAGAAUCAUUUUCUACAACCCAACUAAGUCCUUCAUCUUAUAUGAAUCUUUUAUUUGAAAUUAUUCCAGAUUUACCAAAGAUAGAUAUAAACUCUACAACAUAUUCUAAUAUAAAUAAAGAUAUUCACUACCCUAAAACCUCGAGACGAAAAACUGCUAAACGUGAACGAAUUUUUAAUAUAGUUAAUACUGAUGCUAAAGAUAAUAAACUUACUAAAACAUCUAGUAGUGAAUGUUCACAUUCAGAUACAACUAUAAAUGACAAUUUACAUAUAAACUUGAAUAAAAUUGAAAAUUUAUCACCUGAAUAUAUUAACUCAAAAUGUUUGAAAUUUCCCAAAAAUGACGGUAUCUUACAAACAUAUUUAUCUAAUGGAACAAGUGAAUUUAAUCAGUUUUAUAGCCCAUUAACGAGAAAAUCUUUAAAUAUAAAUGAUGAGCUGAUAAAUACUGAAGAGCAUCCUAAAACUACAAAUUUAGAAGAUUUUGCAAUGUCGCCAAAUUUAUCAAGAACAACAUUAAAUUCAAAUCAGCCAUCUUUAAGUCCUUCAAUUUUUAGUUCACUUAAAUCUAAUAAUUUAGUUACACCCGAUUAUAUGCAAAGUGGUAGUAAUACUGAAACCAUAAAAUCUAAAACAAAACAAUACUUUUAUUCAUCUACAGAUUGUGUUAAUUCUUCAGAAAUAAAAAUGCAUCAAUUAAAUUCAAAUUUAGAAUAUUUACAACAGAUACCAAAACAAUCAACUUACAAUAGCUCAAAUUUCGAACAAAUUGCAGAAUAUAAUCAAAAUAGUAAUAAUAAAUCAUUUUCAACUCAAACGAAUUUUAAUGAACUUAUAGAUCCACACACAGGACAAUUAAAAACUCAAAAUCAUUGCACAUUUAAUUCUUAUCCUAUAUAUGGGGAUUUAAGUGGUGAAACUUCAACUCUAGAACAAAAAAGAUCUCUUUUACUACAAAAAAAACGUGAGAGAGAGAGUACUAGAAGAGCAUUAAAAAAAAGCAACAAUACAUUAUCAUAUUCUGUUGGUUCAACUGAAGUUUCCCAGAGUGAUUUUCAGUACCAAUGUAAUAAAGUGCAACAAAUUACUGAUAAUUCAAUUAACCAAUUUCAAUCCGGUAAUAAUGACUUAAUAUUUAAAAACCCUAUUGAUAAUCAAUACCAAAACACUCAAUAUCUUCCAAAUCAUGAUUUGAGACAACAAAAAUCUACCCAAGAUAUUAACUUCCAAAACUUGAAAAACCAAAAUAACCCAAACCAAUAUACAGAUACUCCGUAUAAUUUAUGGAGUCAACAAGGUAUAAAAAAAGUUCCUCAGAAGCAACCAUAUCCAGGUACAAUUUACUAUGGAUAA